UCCGGCUGACCCCCCUCCCCCACCCCACCCCACCCACCCCCCUCCGCCGAAUCCCCCGACGCCAAGGGCGAGGGCGACGCAGGCCCGGCGAAAGGGGAUUGAUUGAUUGAUCGACCGAUCCGCCCGCCCGCCCGCCGCCGAUCUCCCAAUCCGGCGCCAUGUUCAACAAGAUCAUCAAGCGCGGGGCGCGCAAGGGCGCGCGCGGCCACGACGCGGCGGCGGCCGAGCCCCGAGGCGCGGCCCCGUCCUCCUCCUCCGGCGGGGCGGCGCCCGUCACCGUCAACCACGCCUCCCGCGCCUCCGCCUCGCCCGUGCCGCCCUCGCCCACCUCGCCGCACGCCGCCGCCGCCGCCGCCUCCCCCGCCCCGGCCGCCGCGCAGCAGCCGCCGCUCCUCGAGCCGCUCCCGCUCCUCCGCGACGUGCCCGCCGGCGAACGCCCCGGGCUGCUCCUCCGCAAGCUGCGCCUCGUCGCCGCGCUCUUCGACUUCUCCGACUCCCUCAAGCAUCCGCGCGAGAAGGAGGCCAAGCGGCAGGCGCUGCUCGAGCUCGUCGACUACGUGCAGGCCCCCGCCCCCGCCGCCAACGCCAACGCGCCCGCACGCCUCCCCGACGCCGUCCAGGAGGCCCUCGUCGCCGCCAUCUCCGCCAACAUAUUCCGGCCCCUGCCCCCCGCGCUGUACGAGUCCGCCGCCAACAUCGACCCCAAUGCCACCCCGGACGACGAGGAGGAGCCCUACCUCGACCCCGCCUGGCCGCACAUCCAGCUCGUCUACGAGCUCCUGCUCCGCUACGUCGUGUCCCCGGACACCGACACCAAGGUCGCCAAGCGCUACGUCGACCAUGCCUUCGUGCUCCGCCUCCUCGACCAUUUCGACUCCGAGGACCCCCGCGAGCGCGAGUACCUCAAGACCGUGCUCCACCGCAUCUAUGGCAAGUUCAUGGUUCACCGCCCGUUCAUCCGCAAGGCCAUCAAUAAUGUGUUCUACCGCUUCAUCUUUGAGACCGAGCGCCACAACGGCAUUGGCGAGCUCCUUGAGAUUCUCGGCAGCAUAAUUAAUGGCUUUGCCCUGCCUAUGAAGGAGGAGCACAAGCUGUUCCUCAGCCGCGCGCUCAUCCCGCUGCACAAGCCCAAGUCCGUCGGAAUCUACCACCAGCAGCUGUCCUAUUGCAUUGUCCAGUUUGUCGAGAAGGACUACAAACUUGCCGAUGCGGUCAUCAGGGGUCUCCUCAAGUACUGGCCACUCAUAAAUUGCCAGAAGGAGGUGCUGUUUUUGGGGGAGCUCGAGGAAGUGCUCGAGGCCACACAGCCUGCUGAGUUCCAGCGGUGCAUGGUGCCGCUGUUUAAACAGAUAGGGCGCUGCCUUAACAGUGCCCAUUUCCAGGUUGCUGAGCGGGCUUUGUUCUUAUGGAACAAUGAUCACAUCGUAAGCUUGAUUGCCCAAAAUCGUGGUGUUAUAUUUCCAAUAAUAUUUGAAGCACUUGAGAGGAACAUACAGAGCCACUGGAAUCAAGCUGUUCAUGGCCUGACCGCAAAUGUGCGCAAGAUGUUUUUGGACAUGGAUAGUGAUCUAUUUGAUGAGUGCCACCAGCAGUACGUUGAGAAAGAAGAAAAAGCCAAAGAAUUGGAGGAGCAACGGGAAUCGGCAUGGAGACAAUUGGAAGCUGUUGCUGCCAAGGCUGCUGGGGAUGACAUGGUUUUGGUCAAAUAGUCCACAAAAAGAUGGAAUAUGUUUGUGUAUCGGACUUCCAAUUGUUUAUGGACACUAUUUACAUUAGUAAUUUCAAGCAAACCUUAUGAUGCGUACCAGCAUCCAUAUAAGUAGACAAACAUCGUUUCAGAAGACGUUUAUGCUUGCUCAGAUGGUCGGUGCGCGCACAAUCUCGCAAGCAUCCACGCGCACCCGUCAACUCACCACCAAUGUCGGUUGCGGUGCCGGUGCUGGUGCUGGUGCUGGUGCGUUCAUCUUAUCUUUGAUGGCUUGGAUUGGAAUUUCAAGGUCAGUGUUCCUUGGGUGAAAGCUCCCAGUGGUCGCUAGGUCGAAACAUGAUGGUGGUAGCAGUGGCCAAUUCUUCCUAUCUAUGCGCAACGAGGUCCUGCGAUGGCACCACCACAGUCUUGUUGCUUUGUUCAACUCCUUUCUCCCUUCUGUUAUGAUUAUGAAUGAAUAAUCGGACCUUUGUAUUAAUCCUUCAUUGUUUGCCCUAGUUGGCUACCCACAAUUGGGCUAGUGCAAGUAGAAAACCAGUGAGCUAGAUGUAAUUUCUCUUUUCUUUUUUCUUGUUCUGGGACAUUUCAAUUCAUCAUGUUGUAUGAGUAACGUCGAGAACGGAGAUAAAAAAAACCCGCUUUAAUUUA